AUUCAAGAUGGCUGCCUCCAUGAAAAAAUCGCACGGAAUUUCGUCUGCCCCAGUUUUGGCUUUUUCAUCACCUUUAUGACGUCCUGUGAGUUUGAUCUUUCUGCAUCAUAGCUUGUGUAGAUCUCCAUGAUGAAAGUCGUACUGUCCAAUGUUGUCAACGGUUGCCGGGUGGGGUCCAUCACAGAACUCGGUCGUCAUGGCAACAGAGUUCUGGAGUUCCCCGGGUGCCUGUUGUACACUCGGUGUGGAGCAGCGCCACACCUGACGUAUGACGUUCUACAGAAGGUGGACGGCCUGCCAACGGGAGCACAGCUGACUCUGCCUACACUGGCAGAGCAGCAUCAUGUUGUACAAGACUUUCAACAGGGAAUAGGAAAAUUCACCGGCAUGGAGGACUUCUUUCAGUACUGCUCUGUGCAAGACCCAGCUGUAAGGGAGGCAACGGGAUACAACUUCAACAAGGGGGUGUCAGUGUGGGGGUCAGGGGGGAGGAUAAAGUUAGAGGUAGCAGACUUCAUGGCCAUACAGAAGGCUUUCUGUCCUGACUGGUACCAGUGUCUGUGUGAUGGAGACACCACUUCCCCAGACACCUCCAACAAGAGGCUGCGCAAGUCUGUCGACAGGACCUUAAACUUCUUAGAUGAGUGUCUGGAAAUCCAUCAAAAGUCACAGGAGUUAAAGGGCUCAGAAAUCCUAGGUGUGAUAGAAGGUGGAGAUCUGUUGGAAGAAAGGCUGAGGUCUGCAAGGGAGACAUGUAAAAGACCUGUAGCUGGCUUUGUACUGGAUGGUUUCCAGAGCUUUGCCAUGGAAAGAGAAACCAGAAAGAAUCUUCUGAAAGCUGUUUUGGAAGUUUUACCUGAAGACAAACCCAGGAUCAUUCAUGCUGCUAGCAGGCCAGAUGAGGUUCUGGAGGCUGUUGAGUGUGGUGUGGACCUCUUUGACAGCUCAUUUCCCUUCCAGGUUACAGAGAGAGGCUGUGCUCUUGUCUUUCCAUUUUCCAAAAGAGCAGCCUCAGAUGUUAGUGAUGAGACAAUGAUACACAGUCUGGAUGAUUCCAGCCAGGAAACCACUGAAAACCAACAGACUCGGGGAUUGAACGAAGACACACUGCCACAGAGGACUAUGUUUGAGAUAGAUCUUAAUGACAGGGAAAAGUAUGCCUGGGACUUCAGACCAGUUCUGCCAGGCUGUUCCUGCUACUGUUGCCAGAACCACAGCCGAGCAUACAUCCACCACCUCCUGCAGACUGGGGAACUCCUGGCUAGAGUGCUCCUUAUGAUGCACAACUUCCAUCACUAUUUUGGCUUCUUCACUGCUAUAAGGGAGUCACUACAACAGGGGACAUUCCAGGAGCUGAAGGCAACUGUCACUCAAAGUCAAGGGACCAAUUGCAAAUAGUUGUAGAUGUUCCUCACCAACUUCAAUGACUUAGUUCUUCAGUGAGUCAUGACCAAUAAACAUGUAUUUCAUCAAUGUUAAAGUCAUUAAACAGUAAAUGAUGUGGUCUCCUUGACUAGUGAAUUUGUUACCUCCUACAUGGACGAGGCAAUGUAACUUAUCAAUCAUGUGAUAUAAACCAUUCCUUAAUUUGUUGGCCAGAAUAAAAUGUAUC